ACUCUGAAUCCUCUGGAAAUGCCGGGAUAGCACUUGAAAAAUUCACCGGUCGUCACUAAAUUCGAGGUUAACAUAAUUUAGGCAUCACACAGAUCCUCUCGAUAACCAAGAUGAUGACCUCCAUAAUAAAACUUCACGCGAUCUCAGGAGCAAUGGAUGAAUCUCCACCGUGUUAUAUCCUCCAGGUCGACGAAUUACGAAUUCUCCUGGACUGCGGUUGGGACGAGUCAUUCUCCCAGGACUUCAUCAGAGAAUUAAAACGCCACGUCCACCAGAUCGAUGCAGUUCUCCUCUCCUACCCAGAUCCUCUUCACCUGGGGGCCCUACCCUACCUCGUGGGUAAAUGCGGCCUGAACUGUCCCAUCUACGCGACUAUUCCCGUUUACAAAAUGGGCCAGAUGUUCAUGUACGACAUGUUUCAAUCCCGAAACAACAUGGAAGAGUUUGAUCUGUUCACCCUGGACGACGUGGACGCAGCAUUCGACAAAAUCGUCCAGCUGAAAUACAACCAGAGUGUCUCAAUGAAGGGCAAGGGUCACGGUGUCACCCUGACACCUCUACCCGCAGGUCACAUGAUAGGUGGAACAAUCUGGAAGAUCGUGAAGGACGGGGAAGAGGACAUCAUCUACGCGGUGGAUUUCAAUCACAAGAAGGAGCGACACCUGAAUGGCUGUGAGCUGGAGAGACUCCAGAGGCCUUCCCUCCUCAUCACCGACGCCUUCAAUGCAUCCUACCAACAAGCGAGAAGACGAACGAGAGACGAAAAACUUAUGACAAAUAUUCUGCAAACCUUGAGAGCUGGUGGUAAUGUUCUCGUUGGUGUUGACACAGCUGGACGUGUCCUGGAGCUAGCUCACAUGUUGGAUCAGCUCUGGAGGAACAAGGAGUCAGGACUCUUGGCGUAUUCCCUGGCCCUUUUGAAUAACGUCAGUUACAAUGUAGUGGAAUUCGCCAAGUCUCAAAUUGAGUGGAUGAGUGAUAAAUUGAUGAAGAGCUUUGAGGGCGCCAGGAACAAUCCCUUCCACUUCAAGCACCUCCAACUGUGUCACAGCAUGGCUGAACUCAAUCAGGUACCCAGUCCCAAGGUCGUUUUAGCCAGUACACCUGACAUGGAGUGUGGCUUCUCCAGGGAAUUGUUCCUUCAGUGGUGCAGCAAUCCCCAGAAUAGUAUAAUAAUCACGAGUAGAACAUCACCAGGUACUCUGGCACGUGAUCUCAUGGAGAACGGGGGAUCACGUCCUCUGACACUUCUCGUCAAGAAGAGGGUUCGUCUGGAGGGUGCUGAGCUCGAGGAGCACCAGAGAUUGCAGAAGGCCAGACAGGAGCAGCUCAAGCAGGAGCACAUGGAGAUUGCAGACGUCAGCUCAGAGUCAGAGGAUGAGAUAGAACUGGGGAGACACGAUCUACUGGUGAAGCAGGAGAUCAAGCCUGGAUUCUUCAAGCAGAAUAAAAAACAAUAUCCCAUGUUUCCAUUUCACGAGGAGAAGAUCAAGAUCGAUGAGUACGGGGAGAUCGUCAAUCCUGAGGACUACAAAAUCGCUGACGCUGCACCGGAGACCGACGACAAAAUGAAUGUCGAUGUCAAGCCUGAAGAGGCAGCUGUUGUCCCUGAAAUAGCUGCUGAUGUGCCGACAAAGUGCGUUCAAGUCACCAAGACAAUAAAUGUCAAUGCAUCGAUCACGUACAUUGAUUUCGAGGGGAGAUCCGAUGGAGAGUCUCUUCAGAAGAUUUUAGCACAGCUCAGGCCACGAAGGGUUGUACUUGUGAGGGGAUCCAGUCAGGAUUGCGAUAUUUUAGCGCAGCAUGCACAGAAUGUUGGAGCCAGGGUUUUUAUCCCAGGACGAGGGGAGACACUCGAUGCCACCACUGAGACACAUAUCUAUCAGAUCAGGCUGACUGAUGCUCUUGUCAGUGGAUUGAAUUUUCAGAAGGUCAGGGGUGGGUAUGACGUCGCCUGGGUUGAUGCCACUAUCACUGCCAGGGAACAGGUCUGCAGGGAUGCUGUUGUGGAUGAGAGUGAACAGACUGCUGAGAAAAUUCUCACCCUGGAGCCUCUUGGGGUCAGUCAAGUCCCAGGGCAUCAGGCCAUUUUUAUCAAUGAACUCAAGCUCUCGGAUUUCAAACAAAUUCUUACUAAACAUAAUAUACCGUCUGAACUCAGUGGAGGUGUUCUCUGGUGCUGUGGGGAUACCAUUGCUGUCAGGAAAGAGGAUGCUGGCAAAGUCGUCUUCGAAGGCGCCGUAUCCGAGGAUUAUUACAGGGUCAGGGAACUUCUUUAUGAACAAUUUGUCAUCAUAUGAAAGGAUUCAGCAUCUUGUUGUAAAUAUUUUGUGAUUAAUAUACGUUUUUUUAUUUUAAACGUU